AUGUACUUGUACCUUUAUUUGGAUGGACAAACUAUAGAAAUUAUCAUUAUGUUUAUCUGGAACAGACAGUGCAGACAAAAAGUUUCUCCCAUAGUUGAACGAAAAGAAGAACCAUACCUAUCAAACUACCAAAGUUUCAAACAUUGUCUGGUGGCUAUUUUGCUGUUUGCCUUGACAGCCAUCCUGGUGAAAGUGCACCUUAACCCUUUGCCCUUCUUCACUGUCACCAUGGCCAAGAUUGUUAUCAUCAACUCAUUUAGUGCCAUUCUUCAGGGCAGCCUGUUUGGCCUGGCCAGUCUCCUGCCUGCCAGCUACACAGUUCCCAUGAGAGGCCAGAGUCUGGUGGGAACCUUUGUUGCUGUGGCCAUAAUUUGUGCCAUCACCAGUGAUUCCAAACUGGAAAAGAGUGCUUUUGGAUACUUUAUGAUGGCCUGUAGAGUCAUUGUCCUCUCUUUAUUAUACUAUUUGGUCCUGUUCAGACUGAAAUUCCUCCACUGUUGCCAGAAAAUAAAAGAUGUUGGGGAGUGAGAAACCAAAAUGGAUUUGAUUAAAAGAGGAACUUUGCAGAGGUUCUGCAAGUUUUACAGCUCCUCAGUAAGCCACACUUCCUCUUGGAGCACCUAUGAGAAGACUUCCAUUAUAGCUUUCCUCAGAGAGAACUGGGUUUUGGCAUUGUCUGUCUGCUUUGUCUUCACCAUCAUCAUUGGUGUGUUCCCUUCUGUGACCGCUAAGGUCAAGUCUACCAUUGCAGGGACCAGUACCUGGAAAAGUUAUUUCAUUCCUGUUUCCUGCUUCCUCACUUUCAAUAUCUUUGACUGGGCUGGCCAGAGCCUCACUUCUAUAUUCACGUGGCCAAAAAAGGACAGCCGGUGGCUACUUCUUGCUCUGGUGUUGUCAAAGAUUGUGUUUGAGCCAUUGCUGAUGCUAUGCAAUGUCCAUUCAAGGAAGAACCUGACUGUGAUCUUCCACCACGAUGCCUGGUUUAUCGCCUUCAUGAUGUUCUUUACUUUCUUCAUUGGCUACCUUGCCAAUCUGUGCAUAUGCUUUGGCCCCAAGAAAGUGAAACCUUCUUCGGCUGAGACUGCAGGUUCAAUCGUGGCCUUCUUUCUCUCCCUGGGCCUGGCCUUGGGUGCCUUAUUAUCUUUUCUGUUCUGGGCUAUAGUUUGGUGA